CUUCCGCACGUGUACCACAUACAGCAGCCAUAAACACAUCACGCAGAAUUCAAAAUAGUAAUGAAAUAUGUUCUCGUGAAUUUCCCGGUGGUGUUGUAAAUCGUCGAGGUGACAUAGAUCUUGCAAACUAAUGGAUUCGCGUGGCUCUACGUCUAUAUGUCUGACGGCCAUUUGAAAAUCCAACCCUUUGAUGUCAAUUGAAUUGAAUUCAAUUCAAUAUCGCAACGCAGUUCUUCUGGAUUUUCCCGUAUUUUGUUACUCAUCAAAGCAGCCGAAAUGACUACUAUCACGGUAUCGAACCCGCGCAUGGUCUUCCAGAGAUCCGAAAGAUGGAGAAUACUCAAGAACAUAUUGAUGAUUGGCAUCGCAUUCAUGAUCCACUUCACGGCAUUCAUGGGCGCCAGUAAUCUUCAGAGUUCAAUAAACGCCGACGACUCUCUUGGCACAUCCACCCUAGCUGCCAUUUACGGAAGUCUCAUCUUUAGUAAUGUUUUCUUACCCGUCUUGAUGAUAAGCUUUCUGGGGUGUAAAUGGACGAUAUCAGUGUCGUUCGUAACGUACAUGCCGUUCAUAGCGGCUCAAUUCUACCCCCGAUUUUACACAAUGAUCCCGGCGGGACUGGCUGUUGGUUUGGGUGGUGGUCCAUUGUGGUGUGCGAAGUGCACAUAUCUGACUGUUGUCAGUGAAGCUUAUGCAACAAUUUCCGAGCUUGGUGCAGAUGUCAUUGUUACCAGAUUCUUCGGAUUAUUCUUCAUGUUCUAUCAAAUGGCGCAGGUUUGGGGAAAUCUCAUAUCGUCCGCAGUAUUAUCCUACGGUAUGGAGGCAACUCCAGUGACUCUAGCUCUCAAUAGCACAAUAGUCGCUGAAACAUGCGGUGCGAAUUUCUGCAAAGCCAAGGCAACAGAGAACCCGAACCUGGCGCCACCCCCAGCGGAAAGAAUUCACUUGAUAUCGGGAAUUUAUCUCGGUUGUAUGGUCCUGGCAUCUCUGAUUGUUGCUUUCGGAGUAGAUUCUCUGUCGAGAUACGACAGGGGGAGAACAGGAUCUGCCACGGGCCAAUCGGGUUUUAAAUUACUGGCAGUUACGUUGAAGUUGUUGAAGGAAAGACGGCAACUGCUAAUACUGCCUAUUACGAUGUUUAUUGGUGCUGAACAGGCCUUUCUAUUUGCUGAUUACAAUGCUUCAUUCGUAUCGUGCGCUUGGGGAAUUAGCAACAUCGGUUACGUUAUGAUCUGCUAUGGCGUGGCGAAUGCAAUAGCAGCCCUAGCAACCGGCUCCGUCGUCAAAUUAACAGGGAGAAUACCGGUUGUGAUUUUCGCCUUUACUCUGCAUCUGGCUAUCAUCAUAGCGCUUCUAUUUUGGAGACCGAGUCCGGAACAGGGUAUUGUGUUUUUCCUAAUGUCCGGACUCUGGGGUGUUUGCGAUGCAAUCUGGCUGGUGCAAGUUAAUGCUCUGAGUGGAAUUCUAUUCCCCGGAAUGGAGGAGGCAGCCUACUCAAACUUUCGAUUGUGGGAAGCAACAGGUUCCGUCGUCGCCUACGCCUACAGCCCCUACCUCUGUACAAGCACGAAGCUCUAUGUUCUCCUGAUAAUUCUUGCAGCAGGUGUGAUUGGAUACGCAACUAUCGAGAUGACGGGGACUAUCAAGAAAAUUACCCUGAUCGAUCCAAAAACUGACUUUGAACUCGUGGGUAAUACUGAUCAAACCACGAAGGAAUUGUAACUCAAAUGUACCGAUUAGCAAAUUUCCAAAUCAUCAAUGAUUUCUCGAAUAAAUGCACAAAAUGUUGAAUCAUGAA